GUUUGUGCUUGUGCCCAUCUACGCUGCUGUGGAUGGAUGGUUCGGACGCAAGGUGUUGAGAUCCGGGGCUACGGGGAUGCUUGAGGUUUCGGACGCGGAUUUUGCCGUCCGGGAGAACAAGGCGCUCUUCGACGAGGCGGCGGUGGCUGGUUGGAAGGCCUACGUCGACAACGACGCUGUGCAGGUGCUCUCGAUGGCGGAGAGUGCCAGAGUGCGCCAGGAGCUGGCACGCCGUGGCGAAAUGGAUCGAAUCAUGAAGCCGCGGUUUGUUCUGGUAGACAAGCAUGCGGGCUUGGUGAUCCAGGGAACAAGAAGUAGCGAGCUCCAGCCGCAAGGCCGCUGGAGAACCAGCAUGUCGACAACAGGCAGCAGUAGCACCAAAAGCUCAGAUGGUGUUCCUCGUUGGAACGGCGAGGCAGGCAGCUUCCAGGAGUUUGAGGAGCAGUGCCUCGUCUACGAGCAGAGUGUGGAGUACCAUAAGAGGUACAUGGUCGCCCCUCGCGUGAUCGCCGAACUCCAGGGAACUGCGAAGAGAGUCAUCGCGGGCAAGCCAGCAACGUGGGUGUCGUAUCAUGGAGGCUUGAGAGAACUUCUUGACAGCCUGGGCAAGCCACAGGUGUCGGAGAUCGCAGACUACCUGAACAAGUACUUCCGCGGCAGCCCACGCCGGCCAGGCGAGGCAAUGGGCGACUACAUCGUGAAGAAGACGGAGGCCUAUCUUCGCCCGAGGACCUCUACAGGAACCCCGACGACAGCAGGACCCUCAUGGAGCCGAGAUGAUUGGCGGAGCGGCUACUGGAGCCAGUGGUCGGACUACUCAUAUGGCCAAGGCUAUUGGAGUGGCGGGCCGUCGUGGCAGAGUUACGCCUACAGCGACCCCGGCGGAGGCCGAGGCGACCUCACCGAGAUCCUCCCAGACUUUGUGCAAGGAUGGUUCCUCCUGAAUGAUGCCGGCCUCACUCCUGCUGAGCGCAACAUGGUGCACACCGCGGUUCAGGGCAACUACGGCGUGCAACGGAUCGCCCAGGAGCUCCGGAACCAGUGGGAUGAAGCCAGCCUGCGGCGUAAGGAAGGGCUUGGGAAGACCCAGAUGGGUUUGUGGGGCGAUGACGCGGACGGCGAGUUCCCUGAGGAAGAGCCGGAGGAGCAGAGCUUUAACGUGGAUGAGCUCAACAUCGAAGGCCAGGCCCUGUACUCUGAGGCCGAGGACUCCGCCCAGAGCGCGCUUGUGGCAUUGGACAGAGCACGCAGAACACUACGGGAGGCUCGCACCAAACAACAUCAAGUCCGGAUGUCCCGUCAGUACUACAAGACUUCAGGAUCUACCUCUAGCUGGCGCCCGAGCACUUCGACAAGCAGCACCAGCAGGCCCCCUACCUCAAGCCCCUCGGACGAUAGCAACAUGACGUGCCUCAAGUGUGGGAAGGUUGGUCACAGGGCGGCCAACUGUCCUCAGAAGGUCCAGCAUGCCCAGAUGGCCACAGAGGAGCAGACGACAGAGAGCGCUCCCUUCAUCUGCUACUCGGAGAUGGCCUUCAGCGCUGUGGACCCCGGGAACCUCAUGAGCACUCAGGAGGCUGUCCGGAGGGGAUAUGGAGUGUUGGACGGCGGUGCCACCCGCACCCUGGGAAGUGUGCAGGCGAUCCAGUCAGUCCUGGACAUCAACCAAGCUCUUCAUGGAAGCACGAGACUGGAAGCUGUGCACACGGACCAGAGACCCUUCUUCUCGUUUGGGAACAGCACGGAAGCCAAGUGUGCGAGCACAGUGGCGUUGGGCAUCGACGCGGGCAAGAAGGCAGGCCAGCUGGUGGUCCAUGCUUUGGACGAAGGAGAGGGGCCAAUUCUCCUCUCAGUGGCGACACUGCGCUCUCUCGGAGCGAUCAUAGACUUUGCCCAGGACCUUGCCGUUUUCAGGGCUCUCGACGACUCUCAGAUCGUGCCGCUCCAGAGGUCCAAGACUGGACAUCAGUUGGCCCUUCUCUCGAUCCCUCACAGCAUGCCGGCCGUGGUGGACACGAUGAAGAAGCCGCAGCUGAUCGCGGAGCUCAACAAGCUGGGCGAACAUCCGCCAUCCCGUUGGACAACUCUCGAGUUGAGACAGCGCUUGAUCGAACUCCAACCAGAGCUGGGGCAGAACCAGGUCAAGAACCGGGUGGUGCAGGAGGACGACGCCACGACCCUGACGGAGUGGGUGACUGUGAUCAACCGCAAGAAGCAGAAGAAGGUACAACUGAUUGCCCUGUGCCAGGACCACAUGGGCCUCCAGCUCUCCGGGCACGAGACUAUAUCGCAGCUGGAAAAGCAAGCUCUGGCAUGGGCGAUCGAGAACACCGAGCCGAUUCCUUCCGACUAUGUCGGAUUCGGAAAGCAUGCUGCGGAGACCUACGCGCAGGUCGCAGAGGACACGGGCUACUGUGCCUGGAUCGUGAAGACCUUCGAGGAAGAGAAGGGUGCAGACAGCCGCUUGAAGCGCCUGGCGAAGUGGCUCAUCAAGAACCCACGGAGCAAGCUGGGCAAGGGCCCGGGCAAGGGCUACGCCAAGGAGACCCGAGCCACCGGAAGCUCGACAGGAUCCCCGGAGACAAAUGUUCUGCUGGAGCUCACGAAAGCCGUCAAGCAGCUCCAGGAGGAAGUCUCCAACAUGAAGGACAAAGAAGAGCGUCCCCGGAAGGAGGCGCAUCGAUCGGAUGCCCCGAUGUCCUCCUCGGACGAGACGGACGGCAGCUUCAAGAAAGUGUACACACCGGAGUAUGCAAAAAGAGUGGCUAAGGUGAUGUGUCAAGAGCUCAGCCACCAGCAAGUCAUAGCUGAGUGCCAGGGAAACUCAUCGUUGCCAGUCAUGUUCGGGGUAGGAGGGACAUGUCAGUGUGACGAGCCAUGCUUCAAAAAUCAGCAGCAACCUUGUGGUCAGUGCGUUUGCACCGAACAAGCUUAUGAAGCGCGAGAGGCGGACCAGCCCACCGCCCAGGAAGCGGAGGAAGUGUUCGAGACUGCAGGUCCCCCGGAAAUGGAGGCGGCGAACUGGAACCAGCGGGAAAUGGAGGAGGUCGAAGGACUCGCUAAGGAACUCCGUAAAAAGCAGCGAUUCGAUUUUGCCUCCUGUGAGCGGCUUGUGGAAUUGUUUCCCAAGGGCCCGAAACCAAGUAGACCCGGAGCAUGCGCGGACCAGGAAGGUCGUUAUGAUGUUUUCGGAGCCUAUGUGUAUGGUAACCAGCAAGGCAUCACCAGGAGGACACGGGAGUUCCCAGAGUGCACACGCUAUUUGAACAUGUUCAUGUCGUUCCACUGUGGGAAGAAGUACAGAUGGACUUCUUUUGCGGUCAACCAAAAUCGGGAGUUGAAGGCCCACCGGGAUGUGAACAACAAUGAGGAACAACCCAACGUCGCCAUUGGUAUGGGCAACUACCAGGGAGGAGGCAUCUGGGUUCAAGAAAAUAUCCAGUCCAAGGAAAGAGGCUUCCCUCUUCCGCCGACCCCGGGUACCGCGUGGAUGGUGGGGACAGAAGCCGACCGACGACGGGAAACCGACCGGAUCAACCGACAACUCUAUCUCCUCCAUGCCGCCACCGGCCACUGUUCCACCCGGCACCUAGUGGAGGCUCUAAAACGCCGAGGCGCCAGGCCAGAGGUCAUCAAGUUAGCAGAGGAGUUUCGAUGUUCCAUAUGUGAAGAAAAGAAACGAAUUCAGCCUCGACAUGUUGCCUCUUUGGAGCCACUUCCUCCGAAAUUUCAUACCAUUUCGGCUGACGUGGGACAUUUCUAUCAUGAGGGGAAGAAGGAACAUGUGCAGUUUCUUCUAGUCAUCGAUGAAGGUUCGCGUUUCCGCAUAGCCAAAGUGGUGUCAAGAGGGCAAAAGCAGCAGCCUUCUGGGGCUACGUGUGUCCAGUACAUCCAAGAAGGGUGGACUCAGAUCUUUGGUCAGCCGAGAACCCUGCGUCUUGACCCGGCAGGGAGCUUCCGCAGUCAGGCCGUUGAACAGUUUUGUGAUCGUCAAGGCAUCUAUCUAGACAUAGUACCAGGAGAGGCACACUGGAAGAUUGGUGUUUGCGAGCAAGCUGUUCAGGGAGUCAAGUCUCUGAUGGAGAAGCUAGUCAUGUCGGAACAAGACAUCGAGCCCGAAGAGGCCCUGGCCACGGCAGUCCGCACCUUCAACCAGAGAGACAUGAUUAGGGGAUUUUCUCCGGUGCAACAUGUGUUAGGUCAGGCGCCCGAUGAAACUGGUAGGAUCAACGUAGGGAACCCUAACAUUCCCCCAGAGUUGCUAGUCGAAAACCCCAGCGGUGAGUUCCAGAGGGCCGUCCAGAGACGACAGGAAGCAGAGAAGGCCCUUGCGGACUGGGCGGCUAGGCAACGACUGGUGCGAGCCCAGAACUCGAGAAGCAGGAGCUGCACAGUCUACCAACCAGGAGAUCUCGUGUUCUUUUGGAGGGCACAAGAGGCAGGAAGACAGCGCCAGGGCCUCAGUCACAAGCGCGGGAGAUUUGCGGGGCCAGCCCGUAUACUCGCCAUGGAAAGCAAGCGAGGGGCAAAUGGGGGAGUAGAAGCCGCUUCCUCAGUGUGGCUAGUGAGGGGAAGGAGCUUGAUCAAAGUCAGCAUGGAGCAGCUAAGAGCGGCAUCUCCUCGAGAGGAGUUGCUAGAGGCAGUCUCUUCAGACAACCAGACACCGUGGACUUUUCAUCGUGUGGCAGAACAAAUUGGUGGAAACCAGUUUGAAGACCUCAGCCAACAGAGACCCUCGGAGGAGGAGUGGCUGAGAGCACAGGACCCGCAGGAGGAAGUUCAGCCAUCGCGCCACGAACCUCACUUGCCGGUGCAGCACCGGUACCGAGGAAAGAGGCCAGUAUCGCGACCAGCACCAUCAGACGACGAGGAGCUCAUCCCAGCGGAGACGAGCAGCAGCUCACGGCGACGCGUGGAGCGCGGCGCGGCUGGCAGGAGGGAAGGAGCAUAUCUGGAUCGCUUGGUAGAGGAACAGAAGGGAGAACGCUGGACGGACCACGUGAACGAUACGGCCUGGUUCCACACAGAACAGAGCUUCUGGCAGGACGAACAGGCCUGCGUGGAAGUGGAAGUGGAAAUGCCAUGUUCCAACCGAGGCUGGAGACAGGCGGCCAACAACUUGGAGUGCUAUCUGGUCUCGGCCAUGAAGCGGAGAGCCGUGGAAGUGUCGGAGAAGCACAUGUCCGAAGCCGACAAGGAGAAGUUCAAGGCCGCAAAGGGCGUAGAGGUGAAAAACUUCAUAGCCGCCCAAGCGUUUGAGAGUCUUCCGGAUCAUCUCAAACCUAGUAGAGAAAAGGCUUUGGGUAUGCGCUGGUGUUUGACCUGGAAACUCAAGGACACCGGAGAGGUCAAAGCAAAGGCCCGAGCAGUCCUUCUGGGGUACCAAGAUCCGUGUUACGAACACAGAGCAACCACUGCCCCUGUGAUGACGAGACAGUCUCGACAGAUGCUCUUGCAACAGGCUGCCCGGAGAACCUGGACAGUGUAUAAAGGAGACGUCAGCGGGGCGUUUCUUCAAGGAGAAGAAUACACUGGCACGCUCCAUGUCAUACCGACUGAGGAAAUAUGUCAAGCGAUGGGUAUUGCUCCAGGCUCAAUCACCCGCCUCAAAAAGGCCUGUUACGGCUUGGUGGAAGCUCCACUACAAUGGUACCGCUCGGUACACAAGUUCUUCAUGCAGCUUGGCCUAGAGAGGACAUGGAGCGAUAGCUGCACUUGGGUGUGGAGGCCUAAUGGGGUUCUCCGAGGACAAAUUUCCAGUCAUGUUGACGAUUUCAUGUUUGCGGGGGAAGAGCAAGACAGCGGUUGGCAAGAGGUACUGAGGCGCAUUAAGGAGAGGUUUAAAUGGGGAGACUGGGAGCGGGAUGAUUUCUUUCAAUGCGGGGUCCGGGUUAGAAGGGUUGAAAAUGGGUACGCGCUUUCCCAGGAACAGUACAUUGAAGGGCUCCAGGAAAUUCCUCUCAGCACCUCUCGGCGCAGGGCCCGCAAGGAAGACACAAGUGAGCGGGAGAAAACUCAGUUGAGAGCUCUGUUGGGAGGUCUGAGUUGGGUAGCACAACAGACGGCACCGCACUUGUCCGCGGAAGUGAGCCUGCUCCUGUCUGAAGUCGGUAGGAGUACUGUGGAUACUAUCAUUAAGACCAACAUCCUGUUGUCUCACACUAAGGCGCGGAAAGAGCAUCAGAUGCUCAUUCACAAGUGUUCCUCUCAGGAAGCGCUAUCCAUGUAUGUGUGGGUGGACGCGGGAAGCCAGAACAGGCCAGAUGGCGGAAGCACCCAAGGCAUCUUUGUAGGCAUAGGACCUGCCGCUCUUCAAGAAGGGGAGUUAGGGAAGAUCAGCCCCGUAGCGUGGCAUUCUUCAAAGAUCGACCGAGCAUGUCGUUCCCCCGGCGCGGCGGAGGCGCAAGCUGCUGUGAACGGCGAAGACUGUCUCUUCUUCGCUAGAUACCAGUGGAGUGAACUUGAACAUGGAGGCGUAGAUCCCAGGGAUGCUGUCAGAACGGUCAAGCAGACCGACGGCUGUCUGGUGACGGACUCCAAAAAUGUUUACGACAAACUGCGAGAGGAAGUGCUCGUCAUCAAGGGCGCGGAGAAGCGCACUUCGAUUGAGCUGAUUGGGCUGAAGGAAUCCCAGUGGACGACGAACCUGAGAAUCAGAUGGGUUCACUCCGAAGCCCAGCUAGCCAAUGGGCUCACCAAAGCACACGGCGGCAAGGAGAUCGAGUUGUUCUACCAGAUGGGGCAUAUCUGGAAGAUCGUGGAGGAUCCUCAAAUGCGGUCGGCGAGACGGCGGCGCUCUGAGGGGCUGGAGGCUCUAGAGGGGAAUAGGAAAACUGAUACUGGGGAGACUCACACGAGGGAGGGGGAAGCAGGGGCCCAUGCAAGUGAAAUACUUGUAUGA